AUGGCUUAUACGGAGAGCAAUGGAUGGGCUAAACUAAAACAGUUGAUAGAUAGCACCAGGCUGCCGGGCAGCUGCACUCGGCUGGGCCUUAUCAUCUCGAACAAGACCACGGCGGGGGAAUCGAAAAAGGCUGCAGGAGCUGGAAUUCCUACACGGGUAAUCGACCAGACAUUUUUUGGAUGUCACUCAGAAUUUGAGUUCACGAUAAGCAAAGUGCUGGAAGAAUUCUCCAUUGACCUCGUCUGCUUUGUUGGGUUCAGGAGGACACUGUCAGAUCAAUUUGUAAAUAAAUGGAAAGGAAAAUUACUGAGCGCUUACCCGUGGCUUUCCCCAGCACUUAGCGUGGAACGAGUUCUGCAGACCAAGCUCAAGGUGUCUGGCUGCACCAUAUGCUUCACGCUGGAGGGCUGCGUUCCCGGACCCACAGUCCUGCAGGAGACCGUGACGGUACAGACGGGCGACACAGAGGUCACGCUAAGCGCAAGGAUGGAAGACGCCCAGCAGAGAGCGGUGACCAAGGCCCUGCUGCUGGUAGCCAGUGGGAUAGUCAGCCUGCCAGCAGGGGGCAGUAUCCACUGGAGAGCCCAAGACUGA